AUGUCAUCACUAUUGCCCAAGCCAAAGUACUCCAACUAUGAACCGCCUAAAUGGGGCAUCUACCACCAACGAACUUCAUCUUCCUCCUCUAUUCUAGUUCCCUCUCUCCAAAGCUCCACUACCAUAAUAGACAACACCAACGCUCCAAAGAACACCAUCCAGAAACUACAUCUCAACGAUGAUGGCUCCAUCAACUAUAACGCCACCUUGGCCACAGUCAAUGCCGACCCCCAUCAAAGAGUACAAGCAACAUACGACGAUACUGUUAGUCUCAAGGCCCGGUUUCCAAGGCUCAAACACUCGUUCCCUCGGUAUGACUUGGCCACUUGUCCUGACGAUACAUUGAAGCAAUGCGUCAUUGAUACUCAAAGGACGAUCGAUGCCAUCUUGAAGCAGAAGCUGGGCCAUACGGCUGUUGAUAAUGAUACUGCUACUCUUUCGUCCGGCACUAACGAGAUACUAGUGUCUACAUAUAGAGAAGAUCCUUUGCUUCCUCCCAAGUUUAGGCUUAGAAAGAAUAGACACUCGGGUUCUCCUUCCGUUCCUGCUCCCAUACUUAAGAAGACAUCCGAAGCCAACAUCACCAAAGAAGACAGAGACAAAUGGAGAAUCCCUGCGGCCAUCUCCAACUGGAAGAACAAUCAAGGGUUCACCAUCUCCAUAGACAAAAGAAUGCAAGCAGCUCAUGGAGGUGAAGGUUCCAGCAGUGCUGAAGACGUUAACUUCACCAAGUUCUCCCAAGUGUCAAUGGCUCUCCAACAGGCAGAGACUGAAGCUCGGGAAGAGCUCAAUCAAAAAAGAGACUUGAUGAAGCAAUUGGAAGAGAAGAAGCAACGAGAACGUGAACUCCAAUUAAAGGCACUUGCUGAGGAGUCCAGAACAAGAUCUAAAAGACACUACAAUGGUGAUAAUACAAAGUAUCAUAAACGAAGACACCAUUAA